UCCAUUUUCCCAGCUGAGCUCGCGUAGUUAGCACCAUUUUGUGAUGAAUGAGGGAGGGUAGAUAGGUCGAGGCUCAUGUUAAAGUAGACGUUAAAAUAGUUAAUUGUAUAGGGGGUACUGUCUUUCUUUUAGUCCUUAAGAAAAUAUCUGGUGGUCUGGCGAUAAUUGUAUUACUUUACCGAGGGUCAAAUAGAGAAUUUUCGAGGAAAAAUUAUUCAGCGACUGGUUAGCUAAACCGCUAAUAGAUCUGCCGAGUCAACCAAAACUCGCUUCACGGAGUCAUUGAAAGAAAAUAGAGGAGACAUCCCUUCCAGCCUGAAGAAACAUGAGUGCCCCUUCUUCUCAAAAAGUCGUGCUGAAAAGCACCACCAAGGUGUCCCUGAAUGAGCGCUUCACAAACAUGCUGAAGAACAAGCAGCCGACCGUGAGUAGCAUCAGGGCCACCAUGCAACAGCAGCACACGGCCAGCGCCCGGAAUCGUCGCCUCGCCCAACAGAUGGAGAACAGGCCCUCUGUGCAGGCUGCCCUGCAACAUAAACAGAGCCUAAAGCAGCGACUCGGGAAAAGCAACAUCCAGGCCAGGUUGGGUCGACCCAUUGGCCCGCUGAUGCGAGGAGGCGCUGGAGGGCGGGGAUUUAUCGGAGGAUUGCGCGGAGCUGGAAGAGGAUUGCGUGGAAGAGGUAGAGGUGGUGCCAUGAGAGGAACGCUCUCUCUCAGAGGUCCCGGUCAGAUGCGAGGGAGGGGUGGUCCCGGUCGUAUGGGUCUUCGUCGUGGCAUGCGUCAGCGUGGAGGAGCCAUGGGACGAGGAGCUAUGAUGGGCCGAGGAGCAGCACGUGGAGCACCUGGAGGAAGAGGCCGUGGGGGUCUGAGAGGUCGUGGAGGGUUUGCUGGAAGGGGUCGUGGACGCGGCAGAGGCCGAGGAGCAGGUCGUCCAGUCGUCACACGCGAACAGUUGGACAACCAGCUUGACGCUUACAUGUCUAAAACCAAGGGCCAUUUGGAUGCAGAGCUGGAUGCAUAUAUGGCACAGGCAGAUCCUGAGAGCAUGGAGUAACCAGAGCUGAGAAUAACAGCAGGCUGCCCAAAGAUCUGCAGAUAAUAGACUGAUUGACAAGUUACGUAUUCAGUACAAUUUCUUGUUGACACUCUCAGAUCGGCAUAUACAUUUGGAAGUGAUACAGAGUCACAAAUCUUAUCCCAUUUAUGUUUAAUCAGUCAGCACUCGCAUUGCGUGUGUCACUGAACUUAAUAUUGUUUGAAGAUAAAGUCUCACUGGAACCGAUGAAUAUAAAUGACAUCUUUUGCGACAGUUUUGUAUAACAGGAGUAAAGUGAGAAAUCAUUGAUCUGUAAUUUUAGAGAUUGUACUUGAUCUUUCUUGCCUUUUAGUAAAACCAGAAGAGUUCAGAAAAAUUCUGAAAUUGAUGAUGUAAAAAAACUGUGAACUCUAACCUCAGUAAAUAUGAUCAGCUGGGGUUAAGUUAUUUUAUAUAGACAAACAAGUGUUCACAAUCUCAAUGUUCUACUAAUGUAGACCUUUUAUUGUAAUGGUUUUAUGUUUUAAAAGUUAGAAGUUUUAUUAUGUAUAAGGUGUUACCUUGCACUGUCUUAAAUUGUCAUUCUUUUUUUGCUCAGUUGUCAAAAGUUAUAUUGUAAUUCUGUUCAUUAAGUUUUUCUUUUGGCAAAUAAAACUCAAGCAAUAAGAGCA